GAUAGUUUUCUUAACUAAUAUAGAUUGGGGAAAAUACUAAAUAUUUUCCUAUAUGACAAGAUGUUACGGCUUAUUCGACCAAUGCUUUUGCUACGCUUUCGGAGCGACAUGUCCUCAAAGGACAAAUCGAAGAAAAGCUCAAAAUCAAGCAGCAAGCCCUCAAAUACACCGCGUCCGCCCAAGGAUCCGCCCGAUGAGGGCUAUGCGCCCGAAAGUGUGAAUCAUGAAGACAUUGAGGUGUCCGAUUUUGUAAAUCCAGAAGCCUUUCGGCAAUUCAGCCAUCCGGAAGAAAAGCUUGGUCCUGGAGCUGGCAAGAACAAGGAAUACAAGAAUACCCAAUACUUUGGCUAUCAUCGCUUCAGCUUUGUGGUACUGCAGAAUCAGUCGCUGGAGGUGCGAGACGAGCGUCGCGUCGGUGGCGGCGUCCAGGUGAUAACGGAGGCCGAUGAACAAGAAGACAGCUCUGAUGACAGCUUGGAGUCAAUUAAGCAGCGAGAGGCUGAGUGCGACGAACAGCUCGCUGCUCAGGCAAAGGAUAUUGAGAAUGUCAAGCUAAAAGCCUGGUGUGAUUCCAUAGAGAAGAAGCAGAGGGAGUUGGCCGAGUUACAGAUGUCCAACAAGUCGGGCGAGAACAAGAAUCUGAACCUGACAUCAGACAACAAAUCAAAAUUAACUCAAGAUAAUACGUCGAAUGAAAAACAGAAAGAAGAAGAUCACAUCAAAACGACAAUUGACCAAAAAAUAGCCGAAAUCUUAACCGACUGUGAAGGUAAACUAGGCAAGGAUAAAGGUGAACCAACGGGGCAAGAAAACAAGGCAUCAGUCGACUGCAAGGAACUGAUCAAAGCAGCAGUGGAUAAAGCCGCGCUGCCAGCGAAAGCGAAAGGGCAAGCUGAGGCCGGAGAGGGGCAAGAGCCCGGCCAGGAGGCAGACAAAACAGAAGAUGCCAAAUCGGCAGAAGAGUUGGCCAAACUCAAAGCAACUAUAGAGAAAUGUGAGCAGUUUAACAAGGAGUUAAAUAUGACGGAAAAAGGUGAAAAACCAGAGGAAAAGCAAACUGACAACAAUUUAGCGAAGUGUAAAACGGAUAAAGAUGAGACAAAGUAAACACAACGAAAACCUUAGCCAAAUACCUUAGCGAAGACAUAAACAGACAGCACGUACACACACCGCAGCGUGCUCGCCAACUGGGUGUCAGUCUUUGAUGUGCAUUCUUAGCGGCGACAGAAACCGACCAAACAGUAACUCCCAAACUGUCACUCAAAUAAAUAUCGUAUUACUGUUUGGCCUCUGUUUUUUUUUGUUCUGCCUUUUCAGUUUCUUUGAAAUCGAAAUUUGAAUUG